GAACACGACGGCUGCGCCGGCGACAUCUCCCUCCCAGCUUCCGCGCCCUCCGUCGAUCGCCUUCGCAUCAAGCCCAUGGCGGGCAGGGGCAGCGCUCCGGAUCGAAAGCCGAAUUGCUGGAGGUGGCGGCAGCGAGCCAGAACAGACCGCCAUGGAACGGAAGUUUCAACACGCAUGCAAGGGGUUCCACCUUGCCAACCAGGUGAUAUUUCUGGGGGAUCCCAAGACGCUGCGCCACUGUUCGAGCUUGAUAAGCUUCCAGAGGAUAUAUUGUGCCAUAUACUUUCCCUUCUGCCACUACCAGAUGCUGCCCGUGCUGCCUGUGUGUCUCAUAGAUGUCUGCGCUCUUGGAGAUGCUUCCCUAAUCUCACAUUUAAUCAGAAAACUUUUGGCUUGAAAUUGAAUGAGGGUACAUCAUAUGCUAGGGCGAAGAAACUAGUUGACAGAAUUGACCACAUUAUUCAAAACCACUCUGGCAUUGGGGUGAAGACACUUAAGCUUGACGUUCGCUGUUGCGCCAAAGUCAUCACGGCUGGCCAUCUUGACAGUUGGCUCCAAGCUACCAUUAGAUCUGGAAUUUUAGAUAUUUCUGUGGAGCUUCCUCAACAUCUCAUGCUAGACUACAACCCCCCAUGUUCACUUUUAUCUUGUGCUGGAAGCUCACUUCAGUCUAUCUCCCUCUUCUCUUGUGCUUUUCACCCGACAUUAAGAAUUGGUUGUUUGAAAAGCUUGAAAAGCGUGUGUCUGAACCUUGUCCACACUACUGGGGAGGAGAUACAAUGCCUUUUCUCCAGUGCAAUUUCAUUGGAAUAUAUUGAACUUACCAAUUGCAAUGAGACCACUUUCUUGAUCAUACCUUCUCAUCUGCAGGAGCUUAGUACUCUGAAGGUGUAUAAGUGCACAAGGCUACAAACUAUAGAAAUUUAUGCUCCAAAUCUUACCACUUUCUUGUUCAGCGGCCCACCCAUGGAAAUAUUAAUCAGCAACUCAUCGCAACUGAAAUACAUGACUAUGCAUGGUGUAUAUUACUCUGGCAUGAUCCAAUAUGCUCAGACCAAACUCCAGUCCAUCGCGUCGAAACUUCAAACCCUUACCUUGUCAUCAUCAGAAGAGACUUUCAAAAUGCCAGUGUUGCCUGGCAAAUUCCUCCACCUCAAGCGCCUGAAGAUUUAUUUUUGUGGCACUGGAUACGAUUAUUUUUCUCUGGUUUUUUUUCUUGAAGCUUGUCCAGCCUUGGAAACUUUCUUCUUAUCGACAGGAGAAUAUGUUUUUGGAAGGCAGGACACAAUACCUCAAGAUUUCAAUGCAGAUUCAUUACAUAUUAGGCGGAUUCCAGGAUUCCACCAUGCCAGCCUCAAGAAAGUAUCAAUCAAUCAAUUCUUCUCGUCAAAGAGCUUGAUUGAGCUAACAUGUCAAAUUGUUGAGAAUACCUCAUCACUACGAUACCUUGUGCUCGAUACAACCAGCGGUUUUGACACUAGAGGCACAUGUAAAGGAAUGAAUAUGCAUGCUAUCAGAAAAGCCCACUGUGCUGUUGAGGCUGUCGAAAGAUAUAUUGUGGGGAAAGUUCCCUCAACUGUUAAAUUUAAGGUUUUGGAGCCCUGCAGCCAGUGCCAUGUUGCCAAUCUUUAGGUUCUUCUAGCUACGUUGUGCAUGCUGUGUUCGAUGUUAAAUUUUGAGGGAUUGUUUGUGGACCCUAUCUAUUCGAUUUGUUUGAAUUUAUUAGUUUGAUAUAUUUUUUUUCUACACCGGCUUGUCAAUCUACUGCUAUCUGUGGUGUUAUAAAAUUAUAAUCUGGUCUC